CCGUACGACCCCGGCCAAGGGUGCAUCUCAUGCCGCCCGAUAACAGGCUGGCCCUCGCUUCAUCCCUGGCAAAGAAUGUUUGCGACCCCAAGCUACCCUUGUCUUGGUUGCGUUCCCUUGCAGCCAGGCGUUGGGGGAAGUCGCCGUCGUUGCCAGCCCUGUCUGAUCUAAUGCCACACGCCACACACAGCAGUUCAAUGGCACGUUUGUGGAACAACACACAAGUAGUAGUAGGCUCCUUUAUUAAGGAGGCAAAGCCCAGGGAGAGACUGUCUUCCUCUGCCCCUUCCCUCGUCCAGCAAACCCGUAUCUCAUCGUCCGGCCUGCCUACGCUGCUUCUGCUUCAUCCAAAAUGGCCUACAAGAACUCCGUCAUCGUCACCGGCGGGACCAGCGGCAUGGGCUACCACGCAUCCCUAAAGAUUGCCAAAGAACACCCCGAGUACCUGGUCGUGAUCGCCUCGCGGUCCGACAAGGACAACGCCGCUAACGCUAUCAACAAGGCCCUCGGCCAGUCCAACACUGUCUUUAUGCCCCUGGACCUCGGCAGCCCGGCCAGCGUGCGGCGCUUCGCCAAGGACUGGAUUGCUGAUACGACAAAGCCCCAGAUCCAGGCGCUGGUGAUGAACGCAGCGCUGCAGUUCCCCACGACCCUCCACCUGACGGACGAGGGCAUGGAGAAGACGUUCGCCAUCUCGCACGCCGGCCACGCCCUCCUGUUUCACCUCCUCUGCCCCUACCUUGCUACGGGUGCGCGCGUCGUCCUCACGUCCAGCGGCACGCACGACCCCGCGCAGAAGUCCGGCCUGCCCGACGCCGAGUACAACUCGGCCGAGGAGCUGGCCCACCCGCCCGCGUCCAAGCUGGAGAUACCCGGCCGCAAGCGCUACUCGACGACGAAGCUCUGUAACGUACUGUGGACGUACGCGCUGGCCCGGCACCUGGCCGAGCGGGCGCCGGAGCGCCGCAUCACGGUCAACGCCAUGGACCCGGGCCUCAUGCCCGGCACCGGCCUGGCCCGCGAGAGCAACGGCGUCGAGCGUUGGCUCUGGAACUCGGUCCUGCCCCACCUCCUGGGCCUGCUGCGCAUCAUCUUCAACCCUAACGUGCACACCCCGGCCGAGUCGGCCGCGGCGCUGGCCCGCCUGGCCGUGUCGCCCGAUGUCGAGGGUGUUACGGGGAAGUACUUUGAGGGGCUGAAAGAGAUCGAGUCGAGCGCCGACAGCUACGUCAAGAGUAAGCAGGAGGACCUGUGGGAGUGGUCCAUCAACUACGCAGCCGGGGGCGACGCGCGCGAGGCGGAGCGGUUCCAGUCAUUGAAGUGAAGCGGGUGCUGAUUCGGGUCUUGGUCUUUCGUUCUCUCCCUCUCUCUCUCUCUCUAUCUCUCUCUC